AUGGAGCCUACCUCCACCACCACCUACCCCUACCACCAGCCUACCUCCACCACCACAUACCCCUACCACCAGCCUACCUCCACCACCACCUACCCCUACCACCAGCCUACCUCCACCAUCACCUACCCCCACCACCACCUACAUCCACCACCACCUACCUCCACCACCACCUACCCCUACCACCACCUACCCCUACCACCACCUACCACCACCAUCCCCUACCCCUACCACCAGCCUACCUCCACCACCACCUACCCCUACCACCAGCCUACCUCCACCACCACCUACCCCUACCACCACCUACCUCCACCACCACCUACCCCUACCACCAGCCUACCUCCACCACCACCUACCACCAGCCUACCUCCACCAUCACCUACCCCUACCACCAGCCUACCUCCACCACCACCUACCCCUACCACCAGCCUACCUCCACCACCACCUACCCCUACCACCAGCCUACCUCCACCACCACCUACCACCAGCCUACCUCCACCACCACCUACCCCUACCACCAGCCUACCUCCACCACCACCUACCCCCACCACCACCUACAUCCACCACCACCUACCUCCACCACCACCUACCCCUACCACCACCUACCCCUACCACCAGCCUACCUCCACCACCACCUACCCCUACCACCAGCCUACCUCCACCACCACCUACCCCUACCACCAGCCUACCUCCACCACCACCUACCCCUACCACCAGCCUACCUCCACCACCACCUACCCCUACCACCAGCCUACCUCCACCACCACCUACCCCUACCACCACCACCACCUACUUCCAUCACGACCUACCCCUACCACCACCUACCUCCACCAUUACCUACCUCGACCACCACCUACCCCUACCACCAGCCUACCUCCACCUUCACCUACCCCUACCACCAGCCUACCUCCACCACCACCUGCCCCUACCACCAGCCUACCUCCACCACCACUUACCCCUACCACCACCUACCUCCACCUACCACCUACCCCAACCACGAGCCUGCCUCUACCAUCAUUUACCCCCUACCACCAGCCUACCCCUACCAACACCCUACAUCUACCACAUUCCUACCUGUAG